CGAGAGGAAACAUGGUCCAGACACUAGAUUGUGGUUAAGUUUUAUUCUAAUGUCAAACUUUGAAGAUGGAAGUUUUCCCGAGCCCGAGACCUACACCAAAGUUUUUUCCCGAACCUCAGACAUUUUCUACAAAGAAGUCAAGAGGUACCCCACGGGAUUCAUUACCUCCUAAACCACCAGUGAAGAGUGCUCCUCCUAUCAGCAGAAUCUUUCCACACAGACCAAUUCAGAGAGCUCAGAUUGUGUCAUUUCGAGAAAACCAUGAUGUCAAUGGACUAUUUCUAGGAACUAACUUCUCUGAUUCCAACAGCAAACAACUGUACUUUGAGACCGGAUUCCAUGUCAUAUCGAAACUAGGAGCUGGGUCCUUUGGAGAGGUGUUUAAAGUACGAAGUAAAGAAGAUGGACAGUAUUAUGCUGUGAAGAAGUCUCAGGAGAAAUUUCGUGGAGAGAUGGACAGAAAGAGAAAGUUAGAGGAGGUUGCCAAGCAUGAAUCCUUACCACCUCAUCCUAACUGUGUUACUUUCCAUCGUGCAUGGGAAGAGCGGCAACACCUUUAUAUACAGGAGGAGCUGUGUCAGACUAAUUUGUUGCAGUAUGCGGAGGGUCAUGAACUGUCUGAAUCGAUGAUCUGGAAAUAUCUGGUGGAUUUAUUAAUGGCAGCAAAACACUUACAUGAUCACAAUCACAUUCACAUGGACAUCAAGCCAGACAACAUUUUUAUCUCUCAUGACAAGGUUUGCAAGCUAGGAGAUUUUGGGCUUGUCAUUGACCUGUCUAAGGGUGGAGACUUUUCUGAGUCGCAAGAGGGUGAUCCUAAAUACCUUGCCCCAGAAUUAAUGGACGGCAAGUUUUCAAAGGCAGCAGACAUAUUCAGUCUCGGAAUGACAGUUCUAGAACUAGCGAGUGAUCUUGACUUACCAAGAGGGGGAGAUGGCUGGCACCUUUUACGAAUGGGACACCUCCCUGAAGAAUUUCUCCGUGACAAAUCCUUUGACCUGAAGUAUGUUAUACAACAAAUGUUGGAUCCAGACCCUGCAAGUCGUCCAACAGUUGACCAAGUUCUUGCCUUCCCGUACGUCAGAAAGAUCUGGAAAAGACGACAACGUGAAUACAUGAUGAACAGUGCUGUGAACACUGUACGAUCCAUGUUCCAGAGUUUGUUCCAGGCUUUACUCUUCCUCACUGCUCUAUUUACCUUACCUUAUCAUUAUUUCCGGCCAACCCUCCCUAGCGAGACAUCCACACGUAGCAGCGUCCUCAGUAGUAAUAGUACUGGCUUGGGACUAGACCAUAGUCUUUCUGAUGAUGAUUGUUUUGAGGAUGAGUUCAGUAUACACAACAAUUCUAUGGGAAUUCCAUUAGACAGUUCUUCAUCAAGUGAGAGUUUCCUUUCAGAGUUUGCAGUGCCAAGCAAGCUGCCCCUGCGGAAAGCUUAUACUUCUCCUGUGAUGCGACAUCGACCAAAAGACUUUGUCUAUCCACCAAUGAGUUCUUCACCAGUGCUUCCUAGCCGUAACAGAAGUCCUGAUCUGAGUUUUGAGAGCAGUUUUGAGGAGGAGAGAGCUGUCACACCAACCACAUUUACUACUAAUCUACUUGAUAGUGAAGACAUUACCAAGCCUGGCAUUGAACCCAAGAAUCUCAUGGAUAUGUUUGAAGCGGCCAGCGAUGAGGAUUGAUACUGCUGUUUAUUGUACAUCACUUAUCACGAUGUGAAGGUGCUCACUUCAGGAUGUACCAGUGCUUGUGUUCAGAACUGGUUUCUGAGCUCCAUCUAUGACAAAGAUGGACAGACAUUAAAGUGCUUAGAACUCCAGAAAUCUGUUGCCAAAUUAACAAAGAUUGUCUUGUUGAAAAUGCUGAACUACUGCAGGCCAUGUGACAUGUUUAGUCCUGUGUUUGUUUUACACAGUAAAACAUUGAAGGCUACAUAUACUACAUGAUUGUGACAAACCCAUUUCUAAAGAGUUGUGCACCACACAUAGGAGUCUUGCAAAAUAUCUUUUCAAUUCAAAGGAUUCUUGGUAAUGGCAUAGUUUGAAAAGUGCAAGAAAUGGUGAUUCACAUAGAUUUACUCUCGGUUUAAGGCAGUAAGGUAGCAUUAUUAUAUCCACAAGUGUGAUGUAGAGAGUCCCAUGUAUUAUUUUUGAGGAUACUGAAGUGCUUGCAAAAUUGACUUUUCUUACAGCAGGCAGUAACAUUGAAGAUGUUGGAAAUUAUGCAGUUGUGCAUAAAAGCAGAAAACAAGCUUUGCCGUUAUUUGCAAGAAGUUUAUUUUUAUAUGCCUACAAUAACCGAUAUGUGUUCAAAUUUGUGUACUGUGUUCAAAUUGUGUACUGUGUUCAAAUUGUGUACUGUGUUCAAAUUUGUGUUCUGUGUUCAAAUUUGUGUUCUGUGUUCAGAUAUUUAAAGGUCGCAAUGUAAUCUGAACAUUAUCAUCAUUAUCUGAAUAUC